UGUUGCUAAGGUAACCGUUUGUUUACUUUGAGUAAAAGAGCGAUCCUACAGUAAUCCUACUAACUGACCUGGAGUAUUUUAUUUAUUCAGAGCAAUGUCUCGAGUGUUAGAAGCACCUCCAAAGUUUCUCCCCUCCGAGUGGAAGCAUGCAAACCAAGUGCAUUGCCGGAGUGCAGAGGCUGAACGAUCCCGCUCUGAACGACUCAGUGCAGAGUGCAAAAGACUGAUAGAGGAGAGUGAGAAAUCAGUCAAACACAUGCAGCAGGACGCCAACAACAGGCUGGAGCAGAGAGUUAAAGACAUUAAGUUCUGGAAGCAGGAGCUGGAGCAGAAGCUGCAGGAAAUUGUGCAGGAGAUCGAGGUACUGCUCACCUUUAAGAACAGAGUAGAGACGGCUCUGGAGAGCUGCUCUGAGCCUCUUCAAGCCACUCUGAACUGUCUGAAUGAGAGACAGAAGAGGGUAGCAGUAGACCUGGUGAGUGAUGAAGUAGAGAAGGAAUUGUUGAAGGAGAAAGAAUUGGUUGAGGGAGUAAUGACUCUCCUGCAGCGCACUCUGGAGCAGAUCGUCGAGCAGAUUAGACUUAAUCGUUCAGCCAAGUACUACCUGGAGAAAGAUCUGCGGGAUAAAUUUCAGGCAGAACGCAUUGAUGAUUUCUGCUCUAUGCUCAGCAGCACCUCAGCUAGUCUUGAGGAACAGAUUAGAUCAGCACAGUUCACUGAAACAGGACUGGCAGUGACUCCACAGGAGUGGGAAACGUUUUCCGACAGGAACAUCUGCAAGGCAGAGAAAGAAAGGAACAACUCAAAGUCUCUGCGGUCACUGGUGGACAACCUGCUGGAACAAACAGCAGCCGACAUGAGGAGACAGCAUGAAGCAACUGGCGCUGCCAUGGCACUGCGCAUAGAGGAGACUAGAACUGCCAAAUCACAGCUGGAAGAACAGCUGCAGAAGCUGCUUGUGGAGAUAUCAAGCCAAGAACAGAACAUAGAGGCUUUAAAAGUGGCUUUGGCUGAUAAGGAAGGGCCGCUAAAUGUGGCUCAGACCCGGCUACAUGCCCGCAGACAGAGACCCAGUGUGGAGCUCUGCUAUGACCCGGUUCAAACACGCCUGCUGUCUGAAGUGCAAGAGCUCACAGGUCACAUCUCCAGGUUAAUGGAGGGUCUAGCUGAGUCUGAGAUGGAGCUUAAAGCACUGGCCCGAAACCAGCUGCUCCUGGAGGAGGAGAUCGAGGUCAAAUCAAACUCGCUCUACAUAGACGAGGUGAUCUGCACCCAGCUCCUCCAGCCGAUUACCAUUCAAAACUAUUAAAUCGGUCCAAAAGGAUCUGGGAGGCUGGAGAGUCUGGAGUUGUGUGGUUGUCGGUUGACUAUUUGUGGAAAUAAACCAUGUGGGAAAGAUA